UGUAGAAAAAAUAUUAAUUUCGUUAAUUAAAUUACAAAUUUUAAUUGUGAAUUAUUGAAUUAUUUAAGAACUUAAAAGAAUUUCACUUAUAAACAAUGUUAACAGUGUGUUUAUUAUUAUUGACUUUCGUAGUCGGUGUACUUGGAAGUAUAAUUUUACGCUCACAUCGCAAUAACCAAAAUUAUUGGAGAAAAAAAGGAUUAAUUUCAUAUGUCAAACCAAUACCAGUAUUUGGAAAUUUUUAUUCUAUUAUGUUUAGAAAAGAAUCAAUGGCCGAUUAUAUUACACAAGUCUACAAUCUUUUUCCAUCUGCAAAAUAUACUGGAAUUCUUCAAUUUAACAUACCAACAUUAGUUAUAAGGGAUCCCGAAUUAAUAAAAGAUAUUUGUGUUAAAAAUUUCGAUAACUUUCCAGAUCACAAAAAUUUUAUUCCCGAAGAUGCAGAUCCUCUAUUUGGAAGAAUGGUAUUUUUUCUAACAGGUAGUAAAUGGAGGGAAAUGCGUCAAACACUAACACCAUCGUUCACAGGAAGCAAAAUGAAAUUUUUGUUUGAAUUAAUAUCAAAAUGCUCAAGAGAUUUUGUUGAAUAUUAUCUGGAUCAUCCAAACGAGGCAAAUUCUGUUGACAUGAAAGAAACUUCAACACGUUAUGCCACUGAUGUAAUAGCGACAACAGCUUUUGGAAUAACGGUUAAUUCAUUAAAGGAUCGAAAUAAUGAAUUUUAUUUAAGAGGAACAGAGGCUGUAGAUAUAAAUGGUGUUAUACGCAAUAUUAAAAUAAUGGCACUAGCAACAUUUACAACUUUUAUGAAAUUAAUAGGUGAACCAAUUAUGUCACGUUCAACUACUCGAUUUUUUAAAAGAAUUAUUCAAGAAACAAUAAAAAUAAGAAACGAAAAAAAUAUUGUUCGUCCAGACAUGAUUCAUCUUUUAAUGAAAGCUAGCAAUAAUGAGAAUGGUGCCAAAAUGUCAAUAGACGAUAUUGCUGCACAAGGAUUUAUUUUCUUUCUAGGUGGUUUCUCAUCAUCAUCGACUGUCUUGGCUUCUGUGAUUCACGAACUUGCGGUAAAUUCAGAAAUACAGGAAAAGUUACGCACAGAAGUAGAUAAUUUUACGAAACAAGAAGGAGAAAUUUCCUAUGACACUCUAUUCAAAAUGAAAUAUUUAGAUAUGAUCAUGUCAGAAACUCUUAGAAAAUAUCCGCCUAACGGUAUAAUGGAUCGAGUAUGUGUAAAAUCAUUUACUUUACCAAAAUCUACACCCGAUAGUAAAGAAUUUGAAACUGAUUUAGAAACUGUAAUAUGGUUACCCAUAUAUGCACUUCAUCACGAUCCAAAAUAUUUUCCCGAUCCAGAAAAAUUUGAUCCUGAAAGAUUCAGCGAUGAGAAUAAAGAUAAAAUAAAUCCUUAUGCUUAUAUUCCAUUUGGACUUGGUCCAAGAAAAUGUAUUGGAGAUCGAUUUGCAUUAAUGGAGAUUAAAAUUUUGAUUGUACAUUUGUUGCAAAAUUUUGUCUUAGAAAGAGAAGAACGAACGAAACAUCCUAUCGAAUUUGAAAGAAGCUUUCUUAUUAUUCCUGAUGGUGAAAUGUGGGUGAAAUUUAAGAAGAGAGGGAAUUGAUUGUAAAAAAUGUUGAAUUUAUUCAAAAUAAUUGAAACUAUUUUGUUAUUUUAUGGUUGUGUUUUUUAAAGUUACAAACUUUAUACGCAGAAAUACGUUAUCAUUGUAUCAAUAAAUGUUAUCAAGAAAAUUAAUAUUUUUA